AGAGGAGCAGCGCAUUAUCGUUCAGCAUUCGUUCACCGGCCCGUUUGUUUACUCCAAGAACCCCAGCGGCUCAUCAAAGCAAAGUCUCCGGUGGUUAUCCGUCCGUCGAGUUCGAGUCUACCAUGGCGGCCGCGGUGGCGAGAGCGAUCGUGUGCGAGGCGGCGCCGCAGAGGGCGGCGCCCCCGUCGCAGCAGAAGCAGCAGACGAGGCGGGACAAGAUCCUGCUCCAGCCCCGCCUCUCCACGCUCCGGUCGUACGGCGCCGACGGCAGCGGCGCGGUGACGCGGAAGCGGCUCCCGGGCGAGGCCCUGGAGGAGGGCGGCGUCGGGGGAGCGCCGCCGUUCUUCGCGUCGCUCGCCGACUACAUCGAGAGCUCCCGCAAGAGCCAGGACUUCGAGACCAUCUCCGGCCGCCUCGCCAUGGUGGCGUUCGCGGCGGCGGUGGCGGUUGAGGCGACGACGGGGGACUCGCUGUUCAAGAAGCUGGACACGGUGCAGAUCGAGGAGGCGACGGGGCUGUGCCUGGCGGUGGUGGCCUCGGCGGCCACGUUCGCGUGGGUCUCGAGCGCGCGCGGCCGGAUCGGGCAGAUGCUCACCCUCGGCUGCAACUCCUUCGUGGACGGGCUCAUCGACAACGUCGUGGACGUGCUCUUCUCCGACGACCAGAUGCAGGACUGGUCCGACGACGUCUGAGCGCACAGACGCAGAUGCACCACGUACACGUGUAGAUACGAUACGAUACGAUACGGCUACUAGACGCAGACGCUGCGUGCGCAUGAUGAUAGUAUAGAACUAAUACUAGAGAUCGAAAUCGUAGCGUUGUUAAGAGGGACUUUGCAUUUCCAAGUUCCAUCGCUGCUGCACUGCAAGUGGUUCCUUAUUUCUUCAGAGAUGGAUGCCAUGGCUAUGGUACGGAGCUCUGUUCAUCUGGAGUCUCUGUGCCUUUGAGGAUUUUCUGUGAUUGCAGCGUUGUAAUCUGCAUAUGGAGCACUAGUACCUUAAGAUUUAACUGUACCUUAGUAUCUAGAGCUACUGAUACUGUAAUACGAGAAUCGUGUACCCUCGCUAGCAUCUUGGGAGCAUGUUAAUUACAUGUAUAAGAAAUUAUCCAGUAUUACAGUAUUAUUAUGCGAUGUCUCAUCGCUUGUCAUUUAA